AACAGGAAAUUGAAAGCUGGAUUAGACCAGAAUAAAAGCUGUGUUUGAUCAAAAUGUUAAAAAACCUAGUUGAUGGUUUCAAAGGUCUGGUUGAAGUAGCAGGAGCCAGCAUCAAUCCGUACACUGUUAACAAUGUUAAGCUUGAAAACUACAAAGAUUAUUCUAAACGUGCUGAAGAAGGACACCUGAUAUUGUAUAAGAAACAUAGCUGCUAUGAUUGUAUUGUUGUCAGUACUUCUAAUCCUGUAUCAGUAUGGAGCAUAUUUAGGUUAACCAGUGACGGUGAAGCUUAUGCCCAGUUUGGUUUAUAUGCAUCUAAACUGAAUGUUUUGAUUGCUAGGAGCAGCUCAGUGUUUGUAGGUGACAAUCUUCAGAAAAUCACUGAUGUGAUUAAAGAACAUUCAUCAUGGACACCUAUACAUAUAGCAGCAUACCUAGGAUUUUACGAAUUCAUUAGGCAGCCUGAUAUAAAAAGCAAAAUAAAUGAUAAAACAACAACUUCAGAGGCCACACCUCUAAUGACAGCAGUAAUGGGUAAACAGUUCCAGUGUAUAGAACAGUUAUUACAGUCUGGGGCAUCUCUACAUAGGCAGGAUAACAGUGGUGACAGUGCCUAUCACUAUGCUGUUAGAUUUGAACCUAAGUGUAUACCGAUCCUUUCUCAGUAUGAUAGAGAUGGUGUUAAAGACUUCUACAAUAAUAAGGGACAAACAGCACUAUACAUGGCAUGUGAAAAGGGCAUGCCUGAUGCUGUCGAAGAACUUCUUAAGGCAGGGGUUAGGCCAGAUAUCUCAGCAUGUGACAUGUUGCCUAUACAUGUAGCUAUGAAAACAAAUAACAUUAGAAAUUUAGAGCUAAUAUGUGAGAAGCAUGUGGGCCAAUUAUUUGCUAAAGAUCAUAAAUAUGGAGGGACACCUGCUCAUUGGGUGAGAAAGAGAGAGGUUGCAGAAAGGUUGCUUAAACUAGGAUGUGAUGUGAACAUAGCUAGUGACACAGGACAUACUCCUUUACAUGUUAUGUUGAAAAAAGAUAGGAGAGAUUGUAUUAUGGAACUAUUGGUACAUGGAGCUGAUACAAGAGCUGGAGAUGUGUAUGGGAAUACACCACUGCAUGUAGCUAUUCAGAAUGAUGAUGUAGAAUUUGUCCGGUUGUUUAUAGUGUUUGGAGCUGAUGUCAACAUGAAAAACAAGGCAGGCCAAACACCAAGACAUUUAGCUUCUGUUUCAAAAGAAAAGAAUAAGGACACAAUUCUAUACAUGUUACACAUAUGUGGUGCUAGACGGUGUGGACACACAACUAAAGGCUGUUGUAAAGGAUGUGUAAUGGAAGGAUCAUAUGACGGCACUGCUGAUGACGCAAUGAAAAGUGUGUUGACUAUUGAUAGGGAAGCUAUUGUAGAUGAAAUGUUGUCAUCAUUUAAAGAUCCAGACCAAGAUGUUGACACCACAAGUAGUUUAGAUAAACACAGGGUAUUGUGCCUAGAUGGAGGAGGAAUAAGAGGUCUGAUAUUAGUACAGCUAUUAAUAGCUAUUGAAGAUGUUGCGGGGAUUCCUAUAAAGGAUUGUUUUGAUUGGAUAUCAGGAACCAGUACUGGUGGUUUACUGGCUUUAGGGAUAGCAACAGGUAAACCACUGGCUUACAUGAAAGGAUUAUAUGUUAGACUAAAGGAUGAAGUAUUUAAAGGUUCCAGACCAUAUCCUGCUGAAUCAUUUGAGGCCAUGUUGAAGAAAGAACUGGGAGAAACUAAAGUCAUGACAGAUAUUAAAGGACCAAAAGUGCUAGUGACUGGAGUUUUAGCAGACAGACAUCCUUCACAGUUACAUUUCUUUAGAACAUACCAUCCUACUCUUCAGACAUACGAGGAUGAAACCCAUCCUAAAGACAGAGUAAGACCACCUCCGCCUCAUGAGCAGUUAGUGUGGGAGGCAGCCAGAUCUAGUGGUGCGGCACCAACAUACUUCAAACAAGCUAGAGCAUUUGUAGAUGGUGGUAUGAUAUCAAAUAACCCAACUCUUGACACACUUACAGAAAUCCAUGAAUAUAACUGUGGGCUCAAACUUAGAAAUGAAGGCCAUCUUAUCAAAUCAAUUGGAUGUGUUGUAUCCUUAGGCACAGGCAGGAUACCAGUUAUACCAGUAGAAAGUGUAGAUGUUUUUAGACCUGAAGGGAUUUUUGAUGUAAAACGGGUUGUAACUGGAUUUACUGGUCUAGUUAAUAUGAUGAUUGAUCAGGCGACAUUAUCAGAAGGACCCCCUGUCAAUAGAUCUCGAGCCUGGUGUAGUAUGUUAAACAUUCCAUUUUACAGAUUUAGUCCAAGAAUAAGUGAGGACUUUCCAUUAGACUGCCAUGACAACAAAUCCAUCAUAACUAUGAUGUGGGAGACACAAUGUUAUAUUGUAGCAAACAGAGAAAAGAUUCAAAAAUUGGGAAUCUUACUUAAAAACAUACAUGAUGCCAAACAAAAAAGUGUAAAGUAAUUUGUUAUUCUUACACAGUAGUCAACAAAUUGGUAUAACUUUUCAUCUGUAUCUACCUCUAUUCCUAAACCACUCUUUAUACAUCAAUAUAACUUAUCACUAAUUUGAAGCCAAGUAUUGUUCCUGCUGUUGUCAUUGCCUUUAUUAUUGUAUCAAAAACAGGAAAAGUCUUUUUGGUACAGAAGGUAGCAUUAAUCUAUAAAACACCUUUAUGAAACUAACUAUAUAUGUGAACAAAGCUUCAACAGGAAGUGAACUUUUCGCUUCUAUUUUAUAUUUUGAUCACCACAACUUCUGUUCUCAUUGUUGCCAAUCUGAGACAAAUGUAUUGAAUUUAGAGGAUCAUGCUUUACUAAAUGUGGAACCUUUUAAAGUUUUUCAUUGUUAAGGAUGUUGUCACAGUAAAGGGAUAUCAAUGAUUGAAUUCUUAUUUAUUAUCUGCCACAUUUGUAAUCAAAAUAGGCUGAUUAAAUCAAAAUUCCUCGUGGAAAAAUGUUAUAAAUUACCAGAGAUCAAAGAAAAGUGCAUGCUGUAUUUUUCCAAGUUAUAGUUAGAUCAAAAAAAAUUUUUUUAAUUUAGUAUAUUUGUUUUCAAUGAAGGGACAUUCCUUUUGUGCAAAUCAUUCUUUUAUUAAAAAUGUCAAGAGAACUUUCAUAUCUACUCAGAUUUGCCAUCUUUUGCCAUUCAGAACACCUAAUAUUUAUUUUGAAGAUUCCCAAACAGCAAAGGAAUCAAUUCAACUGUUGGAAUUUAAAUGUAAAGAGAACAUUGACUUUCAUAUCUACUCAGAUUUGCCAUCUUUUGCCAUUCAGAACACCUAUGGUAAUAUUUAUUUUGAAGAUUCCCAAACAGCAAAGGAAUUAUUUCAACUGUUGGAAUUUAAAUUUUAUGUAGUAUGUAAACUGUUUUUAAGAUGUUGAUGCCACUGACAUUCUUUAGUUCCUCUGUUAUUUUUCUUAACUACACGGUAAAUCAUUCCCCUUUUGCAUCGAAAUGCUGUGUGAAAGUCGACUGAUCUGACAUGCAGUCAAGAUAGAAAACAGAGAAACUGAAGGAUGCCAUUGGUAGAAAAUUCUUAAAAACAAUUUUUGAUUAGUACAUGAUUAAUUCUCACUGAAGUUGUGGUUUAAAAGUAAAUCACUGUAUAAGGAUCCGGUAAUCUACUAAAGGAUUUGUAUAACUAUUAAUGUGGUCUCAAACAAUAUUAAGUAGCUGCUGUAAAGAAAGGUAACUGCUGCUUAAAAGAAUGAUUUUCAAAAAGGAAUAGCUGCAGUUAAAAAAUUGAUUUGAUUAAAUAUUAUUUCUUUAGAUAACAUUUGGAAAAUGUGUCAUGCAGUUUUGUGAUUAGUUGCUUUUUAUACCCCGACCUUUAAGUGGUCUUUGCAUACUGUGUUAUCCAUGUCGUCCUUCCGUCCUUAUGACUUACAGAUCAGGUUGGUGCUUUGUUCUGGGGGAUAACUGUUUUGGACAUUACUGCCCUUAAGCGCAGAAAAUUUCAUUAAAAUUGUUAGUGUUUGCACUUUUUAUGACCACCGUAGUUGGAGGGGGCAUUAUGUGUUUCCCUUGUCUGUCAAUCCAUCCCGUCCGUCCUGUUUGUCGCGUACGUCCCAUAUAUUGGUUUCCGUUCUCUAACUUUAAUUUGCCUCAUCCAAAUGUUAUGACACUUAUACACAAUGCUUAUUGAAUUUCUCAGAUUUGCCAUAAAAACCUAACUAUAAAUCAAUCUUAUUUUGAAAUGCAAAAAUUUAUUAAAUUUUUGGUACCGGAUAUUGAAAUACAAGGUAAAAAAAUACACACUGGAAAAAUGAGAAAAAAACAGACAAUACAAUAUUUCUUUUUUUUUUUAAUUAAAGUAUUGGUUUAAGUGGUUUAUUUCACUCUUAUUAUUUGCAAUUAUUUCAUACUUUUAUUCCAUACUGAGUUGUUUUAUUUUGUAAGUAGAUUUGUAGUUGUCAAUGACAGUAAAUUUUCUAUUAUGCACUUCAUAUUAAUAUUCUGUUGGACAAACAUUUAUAGAAUAGAAUCAUGGAUUUUAGAAAUUGAAACUAUUCUUAUUUACAUGCAUAAUAUUAAUCAUCUCAUAAAUUGCCAUAUUUUGUAGUUUUUUAGUUAGUUUUUUAAGUAUACUUGCACAAUUAUAAGAUUAAUUUGCAAUAUUAAGAAGUAUUUUGUACUAUAUGGAUUUUGAUUGGUGCAUCCAUGAACUCAAAAUAUAAACUAAAUCAUCUUUGAUGUCUGCAAUCACAAUUGAUUUUCAUGAUUGUCAUUUAACUAAAUACUUUUUUUUUAUUUAUUAUUAUUAUUGAAUUUUAAUAAUCCCAGUCUAGAGAUUUUGUAACUAUAACAUUUCUUAAUUGGUAUAUAACUACCCUGUUUAUUUUAUGGUCUGUAAUACCAUGCUUGCCUCAAGGAAUAAAACCACUAAUUCAUAGUCCCAUUGCUUUAUGCAACUGCAAUUUCAAGCAUUAAUGGCUACUUUUUCUUAAGUUCAAGUGAAGUGGCAGUCAUUUCAUGUCAAAACUAUACCUUAUCCUGACUUGUGCUGAAAAAUUCAACAUACCUUUAAUUGCAUAUUAGAGUGCACUGGUUCCCGGAAGUUUGGUAGUACGAAAACAAGUACUUCUGAUCAGAACAACGGCAAAUGUGACCUAUCAUGAUUUCAUAUUUUUUUUUCAUUAUUCAAAAGAAACUUUCAGCAAGGGUUCUAUAGUGAUCCCAAGUCCUUAAGCUUUUAUUUGAUACCAAAUUUACCCAAAUAUUUUACUUAUUGACAAAGUUACAGCUAUGCGUAGGAACUAUUUAAUUUAAGAUAUGCACUACUUUCAUGUAUGUUCUUUCUGCCUUGGCCUAAAUUCUUUACCUCAAGAGUGUGGAAGUUUAAGAUUCAGUUCCUAGACAGAUUAUUCAAAUGACUUCAAAAUUGACAUUUUCUUAUUCUUUGCAUAGCAAACAGUAUUUAGAAGUAAGAGCAAAAUCAGAAUUAUUUGUCUAGAUAGGAUGACAUGUUUCCAUACAGAGAUUGGAUGACAUAUUCCCAUACAGAGAUAGGAUGACAUGUUCCCAUACAGAGAUAGGAUGACAUGAUCCCAUACAGACUUUUAUCUAAAAUCAGACUGAGCCCUUUGAUCUGGUACAAAACAGGGUAUAUUUAUUUGAAACUUAAAUAUUGUCAUUGUGUUGAAAAUCCAUGUAAUAUUCAUGGGAAAUGAGUUCAUAAUAGGGAGAAUAUUGAACGUUGGACCUCUCAAGACGACACAGUGCUAAUAUAUCUGUUUCAGAAAAUCCAUCAAAUGGUUGCAAUUGUUUACUUAUAAUAGGCAAUUAUAAAAAGUUUUUUGCUCCUAUGUUCAACCAUAAAAAUUUCUUCAUAUAUAUUUAGAUACCAAUGUUGCAUGAUUUUAACACUUAGAUCAAAUACUGUAAAUUCAGAAAUUAUUGCAUGCAUUUAUUAUUGCGAUUUUUGAAAAAUUAACAAAAAUGCAAGUUUAACUAUUGCGAAUUUUGGAAAAGCUACAUACAGAUAUAUGUAUUUGAUAUCAGAAUGUGAGUUUUUAUUGUUGCGAUACUCAAGUAGUCGCGUUAUUAGCAUUAAUAAAAACCUCGCAAUAAUUUCUGUAUUUCAAUAUAUCAAAUAUAUUUGGUAAACUUGCAUCUUUAAGUAUUAUGUAUUUGCCAAAAUAUAUUAACAUAGCUACUUAUGUGUUUUAUUCUAAUGACUUGUUAAAUAUAUUUUAAUUGUUGAAUAGUGAAUAAAAUUAGUUUUUUACA